CGAGAGAUAUCGGGAAAAGGUGGGCAUGAAAUCCUGUAUAGCUUGCAGAGAGGAGAGAGGAGAGCAGUGGUAGUUUGACGUUGGCAGUUGUAUAAAUGCUUUUGAACCUACCUGUGGAAUGGCGAAAAGUUUAGUAACAGCUCUCCCGGCAUCCUCAUUGGUUGGAGCGUGUGCAGUUCUGAUCAGUAUAGCUUUCCUUUUUUGUUGCGCGAAAAGGAGAAGCUCUACCCAGACACUGAGAAAUAUAACAUUUAACCGUCGCCGGGAUGCUGUGACUGGUCUUACAAAUGAUACGGUCGUGCUACAGUUCGUGAAUAACACGGGGAGUUGGCGCAAUGACAUCGUCGUGGACACAGCAUCCGUGUUACUGUCACAGCAAAACAGAACAACCAAGGCACACGCAUUUGGACAAAAUGUCGCUGGAUUUGGACAGUCCAUCCCAGCGCGGCUAGGCAACGCGGGUUACAGAUACGGACAGCGGGGUCAGGCAGUGGAGGACAAAGUGACUUUGGUUGACAACUACGAAGACAAUUCCCAAGGUCAUCAAAGCAGACGAGAUCUAUUAGCACUAAAGCGGGGUCUCCCGGAAGCCCCAAAUUCAAAGAAAAAGUUUGUCCUCGUCCCCAAGUGUCAACCGGACGACGAAAGGUCGGGUUUGCCCCAUAUCAAAGAAGUCCCUUUAAGCGAACCUUUUGGACCUUAUGACGUAAUCAAAUCGAGAGGUCUGGAGAAAAAGGAGGAGCCGUUUUACCACGUUCUUGAAGAGCAGCCGAAGGAGGAAAGCUUGUCCCACGUGUCUGAUCGAAGGGCAGAACCCUUUGUUCAUAUCCUCCCUCGCAACCCUAGAUCCGAUGUCGCUGUCAAUGAAAGUCAGUCUCCUCACCUAAGGCCUCCACUGAAAAAUCCGGAGCACACUGGUGAGCCCAUGGAUGCCUUGUCCACCAGGAUACGGAUGGAUUACGAGUACAUAGACGAUGAAAGCAUCAACAAUCCAGAAGCAUCUGCGGGAGCCAACAGGAAGGAUUCCUUUGGCGCACAGUCUCCUAACCCCAAAGCUUCCCCCUCGGAUGGAGUGUCCGCCUCCCCGCAUUUUAACAACUUGCCCUGUGUCGCUCGCAGUGCCAGCCCACAAAAAUGUCACGUUAGAAAGGAAACUCCAGAGACGCGUCAACAGAGUUCCGACGUCAACAGCGUCGCAGAUUGGGCUGCAGCCCCGUUUAAACCCUGGCCCGGAUGUCCUCAAAAGGUCCUUCUCCUGCAGUCGUCGAAUCAUCGGGUUGUCGUUAAUCAAGAGGCAAAUGGUUGCCAUGACACAACAAAAUCGGAACUGCAUAAUUUAUACUCGAAGGUCAAGAAAGCCAAGCAUAAUGCUAAUUACAGACCAGUAGUAAAAGUACCGUGUGGAGGCUCUGAUUUUACAAAAAAACAGAUAACCUGCAGUCAGAACAGCGCUUCAGAUUAUGACCACAUCGGCAAGCCGUCUCUUCAGAUCCUUGAUAUCACUGGUAGCAGCAUCUAUAACCGAUGUCGUCCGGAAGAAGACUGCAUACCAGGGUCGACGGGCCAGUACUCAAAAGCGAAUAAAUCCGCAGAUUGGAAUCAAGCGCUGCGCGAAGUUCCCACGGACGUAGGAGCAGACGACAGCUCUUCGGAGGCGGCCAUUUUCUAUGAUCGGUUGGCACGACCGAAUUUUAAAUGCCCCAAACCUAGUCGAAUUCUUACAUUAAAAGAAUAACGACAAUAGUACGAGAGUCCAGAUAUAAUUUGGGCGCACAGCAUAGAGAGAAAAAAACAGAGCAGCGACGACAGUGUGAUAGUUGACAAGUGACACACGUGAUCAGUGAAAUGCGGCUUAAGCAGAAUUAGGUAAAAAAAAAAAUGCAGCGAUGUUAAUUGCGAUUUAGUAGACGUCACUGGUUUAGGAUUUCUCAAAAUGCUGUGUGGUCAUCACAUUUAACAUACUCGGAGAUGCUUAGUCCACCCUGUAUGUGAAAAAAAAGCAAUAAAAAGAAAUAAUACACCUGUCGGCCUAUACGAGAUACCAAGACAAGCUCUGGCAAUAAUAAAAGGUAGCUAAAUCCUAUCAUAAAACUGAAACAAAGCUCUCAACGAAAAAAAACAAAGGUGGCUCCGUGUAAGAAAAUGAACCAGCCCCUAACAGCAUACCAAAAAGCAUUCAGUUGUUCACUAGAAACCACCUUGUUGUGUUCCAAAACCCAGACCAAGUGAUCCUCCCAAGUUGAAGAGCCCGUGUCAUCAGAAACAAGAACUGGUGACUACCAAAUGGCAUCUUUCAAAAGACGAAGCAGCGUCUUACAAGAAACCAAAAUCGUUUCCUACUGGUGAUGUUAACCGGAAAUGGAAAAAUGUAGCAAAUAUAGCAAGAAACCAGAACUUUUGCAUACUGGUGGUGCUUCCCAGAAAUGGAAGAAUGUAGCACGCAUAGCAAGAAACCAAAACUGUUGCUGACAUAUAUUUCGCCAUGACUACAAUAUUGACAAUGUAGCAUGCCUGGAUGUAAUAAUCAUACGGGAAUGGAAUGGGGUCGAACGAUUAUACGUGUAAGUCAUGACUUAGAAAAUCAACUGUAAGACCUACACAACAAACAUUUUGAAAUAAUGCUGUCUGAUUUGUCAAGAUAAUGGUUUAUAAGAUAAUUACACUAAUACUAAUGAAGUCUACAGUAACGGUGAAGUAUACGGUAUUGGUGAAGUCUACGGUAAAUGUGAAGUCUAUGGUAAUUGAGAAGGCUACGGUAAUUGUGAAGUCUAUGAUAAUCGUGAACUCUACGAUGACUGUGAAGUGUACGGUAACGGUGAAGUCUACGUUAACGGUGAAGUCUAAGAGAUUCAUAAUGGUAAUGAAGUUAUUUCUUUUGGAAAUUAAAAUUCUAAUAACCAUACUGUCAUGUUUGUAAAGUAUAAUGUAACGCUAAUAUUAGGUCUGAUACAACGGUAAUAAUUAAACGUUUCUUCGUAAUAAGAAUGAAAGAAAGUUCGCAGUAAUUAUAAAAGUGGAGGUAAAUUCUAAGGUAAUGGUAAUAAUACUUAUAGAGGCUGCUGUAGCGGUAAAGCCUACGGUAAUGGUAAUUAUACUGAUGAAGCCUGUGGAAGCGGUAAAGGUGAAGCUUCGGACAAAUGUCGCAUAGCAAUGUGUGAUUUAUGGGACUAAGUGUGAUUAAAUAGGAUCAAGGUAAAUUUCGGCACUGUAUAAGGGAGAUUUAUGUGAGUAAGGGAGAUUUAUGGGACCAAGG